AUGUCUUCCUCCAACGCUGUAGACCUGCCUUCCACGGCUAUAUCGCAGGAUGAGAUCCCCACGGCAGUCAGAGUCACGCAGUCUAGCUCGGGAGGAAUCUCUGGACUGAUAAAUCAAUUGACCGAGGGAAACCCAUACUUUUCAGCUGGCUUUGGUUUGAUGGGAGUUGGAGUUGGCCUCACAGUCCUUAGAAGAAGCGCCACACUUUUAACCACCCUCGCCCAACGACGGCUAUUGGUUUCUUUGGAAAUCCCUAUCCGGGAUCAUUCACAUGCAUGGUUUCUCGAAUGGAUGGCCCAUCAAGCUAAAAGCCGCACGGCUCACGGGUCUGGAAUAAGAAUACAUAGCCACCAAUUGGCGGUAGAGACGAACAAGACGACUCAUUCGAACGGGGCCUCUGAUGUAACGUUUAGUUUGGUACCGGCACCAGGCACACAUUGGUUCAGAUAUAGAGGGGCAUGGAUCCAGGUCAAGCGAGAGCGACAGGAAAAACUCCUCGACUUGAAUUCAGGAUCUCCUUGGGAGACCGUUACCCUCACUACCCUCGCACGCGACCGUGCUCUAUUCUCUUCGCUCUUGGCCGAGGCUCGUGAUUUAGCGCUGCAAGGGAACGAAGGACGGACGGUGGUCUACAUCGCGAGAGGUAUUGAAUGGGCCCAAUUCGGUCGUCCUCGCAGGAAAAGGGAGCUAGGGAGUGUAGUUCUGGCCGAUGGAGUUGCCGAUAAUAUUGUGCAGGACAUCAAAUCGUUCAUGAACCGGGGAAAGUGGUAUACUGAGCGAGGUAUCCCUUACCGGCGAGGUUACCUCCUCCAUGGUCCUCCAGGAAGUGGCAAAUCGAGUUUCAUCCAGGCGCUUGCCGGGAGCCUAGGUUAUAACAUUUGCGUCUUGAACAUCUCAGAACGGGGUCUAACUGACGACAAGCUCAAUUACCUCCUCGCCCAUGUCCCUGAACGGAGCUUCGUAUUAUUAGAAGAUAUCGAUGCCGCAUUCAAUAAACGAGUGCAAACAAAUGACGAUGGCUAUCAAUCAGGCGUAACGUUUUCCGGACUACUAAAUGCUCUCGAUGGAGUUGCUUCUGGAGAAGAGCGAAUAGUGUUCAUGACAACCAACCACUUGUCGCGCCUCGACCCUGCUCUUGUUCGACCCGGCAGGGUUGAUCUCAUACAGCUCCUCGACGAUGCUCAACCAGACCAAGCAGCACAACUUUUUGCUCGCUUUUAUGGAAGAGGGCAAUCAGAGCAGGGUGAAGGAAAGGAAGAAAUCGCAGAUCGGUUAGACGUACAAGCUCUCGCGCAAAAGGUGAAGGACAUUACAACUUCCGAGAUCGGUCAAGGGAAGAGGGCGAGUAUGGCAGCGUUACAAGGGCACUUUAUCCUGCAUGACGCGCAAAGCGCAGUGGACACGCUCACGAAUUGUUUCAAAUUACCUAAAACUUAG